CCCUCGGUCAUGUGACACGCUAGUGGAGGUGGAAGUUGGGGAAACCAUCCACUACACCAGCAGGCUACGGUUGAAAAUUUGAAAGACAAACAUCGUUAUAUCCACGUUUAAAGGAACAAGACAAGGCGCUUGUAUUCGCGCUGCUGGCCGCUGAUUUCCCCCCAUAAAGAGACCAAAAUGACGGCGGCGGUAUUUUUCGGCUGCACCUUCAUCGCCUUCGGCCCAGCUAUCGCUCUGUUCCUGUUUACCAUCGCCCGGGAGCCGCUGAGGGUCAUUUUCCUCAUAGCAGGAGCGUUUUUCUGGCUGGUGUCUCUGCUGCUGGCCUCCCUGGUGUGGUUCAUCUCAGUUCAGAUCAGUAACAAGGACAGCCCAGCGCAGCAGAAAGGUCUCCUCAUCUUCGGUGUGGUGCUGUCCGUCCUGCUGCAGGAAACCUUCCGCUUCGCUUACUACAAGCUGCUGAAGAAGGCGAAUGAAGGCCUCCUCGCUCUCAGUCAGGAGGAAACCAUGCCGAUCUCCAUACGUCAGCUGGCCUAUGUGUCCGGCCUCGGCUUUGGCUUCAUGAGCGGUGCGUUCUCGGUGGUGAACAUCCUGGCGGACUCUGUGGGGCCAGGGACUGUUGGGAUCCAUGGAGACUCGCAGCACUACUUCCUGUCCUCAGCCUUCAUGACCAUGGCCAUCAUCCUGCUUCACAUGUUCUGGGGCGUCGUCUUCUUUGAUGCCUGCGAGAAGCAGCGCUGGUGGGCGGUGGCUGCUGUUGUCAUCAGCCACCUUGUCGUUUCCUGUCUGACCUUCCAGAACCCCGAGUACGUCGCCAGCCUCGUUCCCACCUACAUCAUCUUGUUCCUGAUGGGCAUCUGGGCGUUUUACUCUGCUGGCGGCUCCCUUAGGAACCUCAAACUUUGCCUCACCUGCAAAGACAAAGACUUCCUGCUGGCCAACCACCGGCCCAGAUAACGCUGCACACCAGGCAGUGUGCAGGACUCUCUAUCCAAAGAUCACUGAGUUCACACACACAAACACACAUACACUAAACACAGCGAAGCAGCAGUGUUAACCUUCUGUUAAUCUGCUCUUUCACUUAAGAGGUAUUUCAUGAUCUUAAGUCUAAAAGUAAAAGCAUUAGAAGUUCCUCCAAGGAAAGAAACAAAAAGAUCAUUUUGAUUCAUGUCCAGCUCAGAGGCUCAGUUAGUUUGUACAAUGAGGUUCUGUUAAAAACGAAAUAUCUGAUAUCUGGCUGAAAGUUUUCCCUGUUUGUUGCCUGAUGCUCUGAAAGAAACAACAAGCCUACAAACGAUAUUUUAGGUUGGUGACACUCUUUACAUUCUGUACAUAUUCCAAUGUUUUAAACUUUUCUGACAGGUAUCUUCUUUUCAAAUGUGUCAAAUCUUUCAAGGGGUGGAUUUAUCAUUUAUGAACAAAACUCUGUAAAUAUUUAUGCAUUUUUAAUUCCCUGAUGUGUAGAUAGUGAGAAGUUUUAACCUUUUUCAAGAUGUGACAUCUUUAGUCUGUGUAAGAACUUGCCUUUCAUUUGAAAUGAAGCUAAAAGGGGACAUGGGCUGCUGUUUGGUUCUUUUCCCGGUCAUCCUGAGGUCAUGAGUGAAAUACUUAUGUUUUAUUCCACAUAUGAGUAUUAAUGUCUUAGGGCAUCUUCAUAUUAGGCACCACUGAUUCGAGCUGUGCCCGAGUAUGUACAUUAGUAAUAGUUCUCUGUACCUGAAUACACUUGCAUCAUCUACGUGGCAUUUUUGUUGUGCUACAGUGUAGGAAAGGGCCCCACAGAUGGACACUGUUCCCCCGAGGAACGUCAUCAACAGACUGGUGGAGGAGCGAGUCGCUGGAACUCUCCGCCUCCUGCUGGAGCUCCAACUGUAGGUCAGAGACAGCAGCAGAGCUAAGUUUGGGUCUGUCUGCAUUGGGCUGCGCUGCUGUCUGAUAUAGUCUUGUGUUAGAGAACAGUCCGCUUUCGCGUUUUGUUACGACACGCAUACCGUACCAGAGUGCACAAGAAUUGUACCUAAGAUCACCUUUUUAAGUGGACUCGGGCACAGAUUGAGGUAUUGUGCCUGAGUACAGUACACAGUGGUCACACUAGUCAAGUGAACUGGACUUAGGGGGUCAGGUGUAUUAAAACAUGGGCCAGGGUCCCUGAUUUAAAAGCCCCCUAAUCAAAGCUAAUGGUUACUGAUUUGAAAGCUAAAUUAACAAACAUUUCCUGUUUGUUCUCCUUUACUUCUGUUUCCUAUCUGAGAGGCGAGGAGCUCAGACUAAAACGUAAAAAAACAGAAAAGGAAUUAUAAAAUCUUAAUUUAUACCUGCAGUAUUUCUCACUUGAUUUAGCUCAUGAUUCUGAGAAGAAAAAUGUUAAAUAUCGCCAAGUCACAAGACUCUCCAGUCUUUAUCUGAAGCUGACUGAAGUCAAACAGAAACUGUCAGCUUCUGUGUAGGUUAGCAGACGGUUCAUUUUCUUUAUUUCUCACUUUUCUGUGAGUGAAAACCCUCAAUUCUAAAUCAGUAAGACCAUGAACAGGUAGAAGUUUUGGCUCAGUGAUCUUUGAAUGUUCACUUUCUUUGUUGCCUUUAUUUAUGUUUCUGAGUGAGCAUGGGAGUUAACGUGAGCGGUGUCCGACACGUAAGAAAUUCCAAACAAUGAAUGUCUUCCUUUGCACCUGAUUUUGUUUUGUUGUUGAACUUCUUGUACAGUUUGUAUAGAUUACAAUCUGCUGUGUUUAUACUACUAUAUGAAAACUGGAACCUUUUGCGUUAAGCAUAUUAUUACUAUCCUGCGUUGUGCUGGCACUUGACUCCAGACAGAAUCUAAUUUGGCUUGUUCACACAGGUAGAGAAGACAGUUAUUAGACACACACUAAGCUAAAACUAAUGUCAAAUAUACAGUCCUGCAAUAAAUCCUCCUUCACGAAA